GAGGCCUUCCAGGGGCUACUUCGAGGCCGCGGCGUCUACGACGCCGAGACGGCCUACACUACCCUUGCGCCCUACCAACGGGGCGCGGCAUCUCUCCCCAGCGACGUCUCGUCGGCCCCGGCCGCGGGAUCAUUGGUCACGGGGCGCGCCCUCGAGUACCUGGUAGAGGCAGAGGAGCAGAUGAUCAGGGCCGAUGCUGAGGCCCAGCUUGACCGUGAGACAAAUGGCGAAAUCAAGAUUUACACCGACCCGCUGCUCGCCCACAGCCGGCGGCGCUAUUCCACGUUCGUGAAGGACUUGAGGCGCAAGGGGCUGGUGGGCUUCAGUCGCGAACCCAAGGAGUUCGUGGGUGUGUUCUUUGUAUGGAAGAAGGAGCGCGCCUCCAUGUGGAUGGCGCUCGACUGUCGCCGCUCGAAUCAGCGAUUUGUUACCCCGCCUGGCGUGGAGCUACUGUCAACUGAAGGACUUGGGCGGAUCGAGUGCGAGGCGGAACAGGCCGACGCGUUGCCCAUCUUUUUGGGCAAAGCUGACGUGAAGAACUGUUUCCGCCGCGUGCUGUUCGGCAGUCACCUUCUGCCACCCGGGGGGGGGGCCAAGGAGUUUGGCAUCGUCGGCCAGGCCGUGGACGGGGUGCCGGCGCGGGCGGAGGAUACCUCUGGCCUCGCGCCCUUGCUCUCCCCAUGGGCUGGACGUGGUCACUAUACUUUGCCCAAGUUGUCAACCUGGGCAUGGUGGAGAGGGUGCCCGCCGUCGCGUCGAGCCGCGUGGCAACCGACCGCGGGCCCCCUAUCGUGCUGGCGCCCUCCUCUCCUUGGCACUACGUCCUAUGUGGACAACGUGGGGCUCCUCUCGUUGGAUGCCGCCUGCGUCAAGGGGGCGCUCGCGGACACCGCCAAGGCCUUUGAUGCCGCGGGCCUCAUCAUGCAUGACAUCUCAGUGGACUGCGAGACCGCUGAGGCGCUAGGUGUGACUCUGGAUGGCCAGAAGCACCAGACCCUCGUCACUCAUCGCCGCUACUGGAAGGUUCGACUUGGGCUCCGGCGGGCCCUCUCCCUGCGCCGUCUGGCAGGGAGGGAGCUCGAGGUUCUGCUCGGCCACUGCGCGUUCGUCGGCCUCAUGCGCCGGGAGGCGCUGUCCGCGCGGCACACCGUGUACACCUUCAUCCGCGAGCGGUACUGGGCAAAGAGCGACGUGUGGGGCUCCGCGCGCCACGAGCUCGAGUGCUUCCUUGGGCUGAUGCCGUUCCUGCGUUCUGAGUGGGAUCGGCCGUGGCUCCCGCAGGUUCUUUCGGUGGACGCCAGCCUGUGCGGCUGGGGGAUCGCUAGCUCCGAGUUCGGGGUCGACGACGGGAAGGAACGGGACCCCUCGGACAUUCAGGCGGCCAGGGUCUGGGAGAUGCGCGAGGAUUUCCCUGAGAUCCCCGGGGGCCUCCUUCACGUGGAUCGGUGGAUCUCACCCGCCUGGUGGCUGACGGACACGGACCCGACGACGUCCUGCUCCAGCCUGCGGAUCGACCUUUACCCGAGGGCGUACCGGCUCAAGCGCUCACGCCUCGGGCUUCGCCCGACCCCUCUUCUUACGAUCUAUUUCACGACUGCAAUGAAGCGGACCCGCAACCUGGAGGCGUCGAACCGCACGCCCGUGAGGGAGGAGAGCCGACGAACUACCCUGAGAGCGAGCCCGGGCUCGACUUCGUGUCCGCCUGCAGCGUUCUCGAGGCCGACGAAACACAGGAUUCUCUGCCGACCGAAGAUACGCUCCAUGCUGGAGUCCAGCGAGUCUUUCCUCUCGAUGGGUUGCCUGGAGACCCUAGUCGACGAGGGGCUCGCACGGGCCGCAGCAGCUGUCGCGGCCGCUGCCGCCGCCGAUGCCGCCGACGAGGACAGCGUUGGCACUACUACGGGCGACGAGAUGGAACGAUCGGUGAUGGCUCGCUCUCCAGAGUGCCCUCGCGCGGGAGGCAGCAAGAUGCCUCGCGCGUGGUGGCGCGCCAUCGCCGUGGUGUUCGCGAGGCGCAGGAUGGUGGCCACGGGGCUCGCGAUCAUGAUCGGCGUCAGCUGCUACCUCAGGCCCUCGAGGCUGCUCAACCCUACGUCCAGCAACCUGGUGGCUCCGACGUCGCACGCGUCGCAGCACUGGAUCCUCCUUUUGCAUCCUUCGGAGAAGGAGGACAGAAGCAAGUCAGGCGGUGCUAACGACUUGCCGAAUAUCCACUUUCAGUGCAUGCUGCCGUGGGUCACCGACUUCCUCCAGGCCUUGAGGGGGAAGGGCGGCCAGCUGUGGUCGUUCGACUAUUUGACCUUCUUAGCGGAGCUCAAGACUGUGGCGAAGGUGCUCGGCGUUUACCGCCUGGUGCCAUACCAAAUGAGGCACUCGGGCCUGUCGAUCGACCGCAUGGUACCUUGCCGCAAACAAGAGGAGUGUCAGAAGCGAGGUCGGCGGCACGACUGGAAAAGCAUCGACCGCUACGAGGAGAGCGCGCACCUCAGCAGCUUCUUGUACGAACCCCCCGUGGAGAUGCUGGCACACAUGCAUCUGUGCGAGGAUCAGUUCGUCGAGUUCCUCUUGUCGCCCGAGCAUGCCCCAAG